AUUAAGGCCCUGCAGUUAAGUUUUUAAUUACAGAUUUACAAUCGAUCACUGAAACUGACAACUGACAAGUGAAAAAAAAAGGACAGAGAGAGAUCAAAAUCCUGUUAGAAUUAGGUGUGAAGAGAAAGUGUUUAGAUUGAAAUAGAAAUAUCGGUUUGUUAUUACCAAACAGAAAGCACAUAAUAAAAAUGAAUCUGUAUGCUCACGACCUUUCUCUAUUCGACUUCGCUGAUUUCUCUGAUCCGAUUUUUCAACAUCGUCAUUUUCUCCGCCGUUCAUCUUCAUCAUCAGACUUUUCUGAUGAUAAAGUCUACCAUGGUACUACCACUAGUUAUUAUGGGGAUAAUAAUAAUGAUAAUAAAAUCGAUGUUAAAUCCGCGAUGCCUAAGCAUAAGAAGCCUAACAGCCCACCAAGGCACCGUCAUGAUGGCACAUCGCCUUUGCCUUUGGGGAUGGACUGGAGUCUCCCUCCUCGUAAAUGGGACGGACGGGACUCUAUUUGGCCUCAUGACUCUCAUACAGGAUGGAGUUACUGUGUCACGCUUCCUUCAUGGACUCUUCUAUCAAAGUCGAGAGCUUCAGAUCCUGUGGUGUUUUACAGAGUCCAAGUUGGUAUACAGUCACCAGAAGGGAUCACCACGAAUCGAGGACUGUUACGAAGAUAUAGUGAAUUCUUGAAUUUACUUUCUGAACUUAAAAAAGUAUUUCCUGAGAAAACUCUGCCUCCAGCUCCGCCAAAGAGGAUUUUGAGAAGGAAAAGUAGGGUGAUACUAGAAGAGCGGAGAUGUUCUUUGGAGGAUUGGAUGGAAAAGCUAUUAUCAGAUAUUGAUGUAUCAAGAAGUGCUCCUGUUGGAACAUUUCUUGAACUAGAAGCUGCUGCAAGGUCAUAUUUUGAUGAUGCGAAUCAGCAAAGUUUAGGUGCAAAUUCUUCUGCUGGUGACAUAAUUCCAUCAGCUCUUUUCCAUACCAGCUCAGAUGUUUCUUUGCUGGCUGGUGGUUUAUCAGUCACAUCAGAUCAUGAUAACGAUUCUCCUGCAAUAUCAGAACAUGGAACACUAAGGCAUGCAAGAGACAACAGUGUUGAUUUGGGAUUGGAGACUUCCACUUCUGAACAAAAUAUAAUUGAUACAGUGGAAACGACUGUUACAUAUGGCAUAUUGAACCGAAAAUCUAUUCUGGAUAACCUGGAAAGAUUUUCCUGGCGGAAAAUGCAUUCUGGAAGAGAGAAAAAUAUUGUUAGUGGAGAUAAACUUUCUGAAAGUAGAUCUGGAGGCAAAUCUUUUCUUGGGGAUGCUGACGAACCUUUACCUCGAGUUGAGUAUCAGAGACUGGAUGGUCAUAUCCGCAGAGUAUCAACAGAUAGUACUGGGAGUGACUUAAGUUCUAUAAAAGCUAGUGAAAUAUCAAAUUUGGGGGUCGGCAAUUUGUUUGGUGAUGACUCCCUAGACCUUCCAGAAGGUUCUGAAACUUCUAAAGUAAUUGAUGCUCUUGUAAACUCAAAUUUACAGUUCCCAAGAGAUUUACUAGUUGUCUUUCCAUCAGAAGAGCGCCACAAGUUGAAUAGGGUUCUUAAUACUGUCCAGCAGAGACUUGUUACAGCAAAAACAGACAUGGAGGAUCUUAUUGCCAGAUUAAAUCAAGAAGUUGCUGUAAGACAAUUCCUGGCAACCAAGGUUAAAGAUUUGGAAGUGGAUCUUGAGACUACUAGGAAUAGCUGUAAAGAAAACAUGCAGCAAGCUGUUUUACUUGAAAGGGAAAGAUUCACACAAAUGCAGUGGGAUGUGGAAGAACUACGUAAGCAGUGUUUAGAGAUGGAGUUGAAAUUGAAAUCUGAACAGGAUGAAAGGGCACAUGUUGAGUCUGCAAAAGCUUCAAUCACUCAGGAGAAUGAAAUGUUGUUGCAGCAGUUGGAUGUUGCAAGAGAAGAUCUCGAAAACUUGCAUAAGCAUCACGAGGAGCUGGAGUUAAAGUCAAAAGCAGAUGUAAAGCUUCUCGUUAAGGAGGUGAAAUCUCUUCGUACUUCUCAGUCAGAUCUGAAACAAGAGCUUAGCCGCUUGAUGAAAGAAAAGUUAGAAGUAGAGAGAGUUCUUCAAAAGGAAAAGCAAAGAACACAGACUGUAACUACUGCCAAUACGAAGUUGUUGCAUGAGUGUGAAAUUCUCCGCAAUAGGCUUCAAGAGUGUAGUGUUAAUUUCCUCAUUGAAGAGGAAGAUAGAUUGAUUGUGGACACUUCAUCGCCAUCCGAUGCCAUAGACCUCUUGACAACAUCUGACAAUAGAAUCGGUCUUCUUCUUGCGGAGGCACAGCUCCUGGCACAAGAUGUAGAAAAUUCUGUGGCGGGAUUGGAUGAAACAUUCAACAUGAUUGGCAGUGAUAAAAGUGAUGAUGAGUUGAGGAAGUUGCUGACAGAAGUUUUUGUCGAUAAUGCAAGGCUGAGGAUGCAAAUCAAUUCAGUAAUUCGUUGUGCUCUAAAUACACAUGUGAAGUCAGAUAAAGAAGACGAGGAAGAGGAAACUCCUUUCAGAAAAACGGUUUUGAGCAAAUUCUUGGAAAGGUGAGAUGUAAUGCGAGGAAGUGGAACCCGUCCAUGUUUAUUAUGUAUAUUCAAAUUACAGUUACAUACUCGGUAUAUCAGUGUAUUUGCUGUAGAGGUUGCCAGCAUGCAUCAUGUAAUCGUAGUCUGAAUAAUUUAGUUUAAAUAUAAAUGUACACAGGGCUCUAGAAAACGGACAUGUAUAUUAUUCAUGGGAUAAAUCUAAAUCAUUAAAUUUCAUCA